UUGUCUCUUUCAUCCUUUGACCCAUUAAUGCUUCUCCUCAUCUCGAUCAUCUCCUUAAUUUCUUCCUCGUAUAAAUUCUCUAUCAUCUCUCCCUCUGCGAUUUCCAGUCUUAAUAAUUAUUCUUAUAAUCCAUAGAUUCAUUCAUGCAUGUCAACAUAAAAGCUAAUCAAUUACAAGCUGUUUCAGCGAUAUGAUGAUCAUAUUUGCUCAACAAUUCAUCACCCGUUUCUCAAUAAUCCUCUCUCUCGUGCUCAAUCUUCUCCACCGCCUAAGGAAAGCCGCCGCCGCCGCUCACAUGUCGUCUGCGGCCGCUAUCUCCUCUCCGUCUCCGAUGCCGCAAUCUUCUCCUUCUUCUUCCUCUUCUUCUUCUUCCCUCCGCUGCGGCGGCGUUCGGGAGAAUGGCGGUUCGUUUUUGCCCUCCCGAAAGCAGCCGGCGGCGGCGAUUUCCAGGAAGCGGCCGGCGCUGCUGCAAGUGCCGGUGUACUCGCCGGAAUCUGAUUUCGCCGUCUUCGCGAGGAAGAGAUUUGAGGAUAUUAGAUCGGAGAUGGAAGUUGAAGGAAGAGAUUAUUUCGUGGCCAGUAAGAAAGGAAGGAGGGAGGUCAUGGAAGAUGGGCAUAGCGUCAUACUUGACAUCUUAGGUGACUCCAAACAAGCGUUUUUCGUGGUGAUAGACGGGCACGGGGGCCGAAAUGCAGUGGAUUAUGUAGCUGAAAAUCUAGGAAAGAACAUAGUGAAUUCAUUGGAAGCUGGGAAUAAGGUUUCAUUAUCAUCAUCAUCUGGGAACCACAUAGAAGAUGCCUUACGCCAAGGUUACUCCGAAACAGACAAGCAAUUCCUCGUCCAGGGUAAGGAUGGGGGAGCAUGCGCAGCAAGUGUUCUAAUAAAGGAUGGAGAAAUGCACGUAGCCAACGUGGGUGAUUGCGGAGUGGUUUUGAGUAGGAAAAGUGUUGCGGUCUCGCUCACGAGCGAUCAUCGUCCUGCUAGCCGGGAAGACGAACGAGCUAGGAUUGAAAAAUCGGGUGGGAUGCUGUAUUGUCAGAAUGGGGUUUUGAGAGUGAAUGGAUCCCUGGCAGUGUCUAGGGCAUUUGGAGACCAUCACUUGAAAGAAUUGAUCAUUUCUGAGCCUGAUAUUCUCAACCUCCCUUUGACAUCAGAUUGUCAAUUCCUCAUUUUGGCUUCUGAUGGAUUGUGGGAUAAGGUAAGCAAUCAGGAGGCUGUUGAUGUGGUAUUGAGUGAGAACAACUCAAUGAAGUCAUGCAAGAAGCUUGUAGAUUUGUCUUCAAUGAGGGGCAGCCUUGAUGAUGUAACAGUCAUGGUCAUCAACCUUCAAAAUUUCUUGAUGAGUAACAGUACAUAACAAGUAAUACUAUUCAUAGAUUGGGGCUUGGAUGGAGUUAUAAUCUAACACAAUUACUCAUUAAUAAGUUUAACUCGACGUAAUAUAUAUAUAUAUAUAUAUA